ACACUGCAGAGAGCAUUCAUCUGUUUGAGAGAGUCUUUCUGCUGAAACCUGCUACCUUAGCCAAGCUGAGUCAAAGCAGGCUUGUCAGUGGGGGUGUGAGCAGCAAAGGAAAAUGCUGGCUUAGCAGAUGUUCCACCAACUCGCAAUCACCAUAACAACAGGAUAUUAAAAUCACUGGGAUAUUUAUAUUGCGACCCCUCUCCAUUGAUUAUUCACUUUAUUGCAGUCGAAUUCAAAUCAAAGUGGGAGAAGUGAGAAAGGGGAGAUAAAGCAUUGAGUGGUAGUAUUGAACCUCUGCAUAGGAUAUCUGUAAUUAUAAGGAGGAGGAUUUGUAAACCUGAGACCUGUGCGCUUGCUGCAACAGCAGGCAGCCGUAGUGAAUAGCCUGCUUGGAGUUCAAACUAAUAGGAAAUGUUGUUCUUGAGAACAUGAGAAACACCACAGUGAUUUGACAUUGGGGAGAGAGAGCUUGAGAGGUAGAGAAAGAAAGAAAGAAAGGGAAAGAUUAAAAGGGACCUACUACUUCUGAUCCCCAUCUCCUUAAUUUGUUAUGCAUCUUUUUUGAUAUAUUUAUAUAUGUACACUAACACACAAAACUAUGGAAAGAGAAUAAGCAGCACAUGGCACGCUGCUGUGUGAUAGAUAUGGUUUAUUGAUCCAAGCGUUGGCUGCGUCCAGUGGGAAUCGAUGAAUUUCUUCAGAAUGAAGAAGACAGGAUCUGAGGGCAAGACCUCAAAACAUCGUUUCAGAAAAUGGAGCAAAAUGAAGGACCCAGAUUCCACUGAUAGAGAAGAUUCUGGCGUUCACUUGGAGGACUCCUCAAGUAGCAGCCGUCAUUAUCAAGAUGGCGGUAGUGACCAAGAGGGGCUAAGCAGGGAGGCCAGUCCAGUCUUUAACAGACAUGCACUGCAGACACGCAGACACACAGACACCUCCCCCUCCCUGGUGCAACACCAGAGACAGAAAACCUAUGGGGACUACCUUACAGUACCAGGGGGGCACCAUCAUGCAUUGCGGCGCCACACAGACACAGGCCUAGAAGAAGAAGAUAUACCAGAGGCCCGGUUAGCUGUUCAAUUUCAAGAUAAGUGUCGCCUACGAGGUUUGUCCCCCUCGCCCUCACGGCACUCCAAACAUGCAUAUGACAGUGCAAUAGAGCUGGAAUCUGAUGGAUCAAAAUCUCGCUGCAGUUCAGAACACUUAGAUGUUCCUCCCAGCAGCCCCAUUUCAAGUGGACAAAGCACACCCACAGAGGUGGAACAAGGGGCUGCGGAGGGGCAGGACACGAAGGAGCGAGAAGUCCGCAAGAACCGCUUUAAGAAAAUAUUACGUCCUAUACGUAGAAGCCACAGUGCAGGUUGUACAAAAGAUGUGCCAGCUUAUGCCUUGUUUCUGCAGAAAGCAAUGCCUGCCUCCAGUGGUAACUUGCCCAGACGAAGCUCACAGCCAAGUCAGAUGGACAAGAUGGAACAGGAAGUGGACAUACCGCAAGUUGUAGUAGAAGAAAAAGCAAAAAAGAAGUCCAAAAACCUAGUGAAAGAUGUAAAACGACGACUACGGCAAGUACGGCGCACCCACACAGACAGUGUUGUAACAGUGGAGCCAGCACGCACACUGCAACCCACGCCAAGUCAAGCUGGCAAGUGGAGUCAGUCCUUUGAAGCUUUAUUGGCAGAUAAAUGUGGCCUUGGUUUAUUUCAAGAGUUUCUACGCACAGAAUUUAGUGAAGAGAAUAUAGAGUUCUGGAUUGCAUGUGAGGAGUUCAAGAACACCAAGCUGAGCAAGCUGGCCGACAAAGCACAGAAAGUCUACAGUGAUUUUGUUGCUGUCCAGGCACCCAAGGAGAUCAACCUGGACUCAAAAACUCGCCUUGCAACUUUACACACUAUCCGACAUCCUGACCGUCAUGCAUUUGACGCUGCACAGAAACGCAUUCAGGGAUUGAUGGAGAAGGACUCGUACCCACGAUUUUUGCAGUCACAAAUGUACAAGCAGCUGAUCUCAUGAUGAUUUGACAGUGUGUGGGAGUUGUGACUUGUAAUGUUAGUGCAUUUACGGGGAAUGGCCAACCCUGAAAAGGGGUAUUCACCAUGACACUGAAUACGGAUUUCUCAGCUCUGUAUCACACUGUUCUUUUGGGAGUUGCUAAUGGCUCAAUUUACUUUCACAAAAUCAUACAGACUGUAAAUUGGGAGCCCCAGUUACUAUACUAAUAAUUCUGCAGUUAUCAGCAGCUCAAU